AUGAAACUGAAACCUAACCCGACGAAAACUCAAAUAUGUGCGUUCCAUCUGAAGAACAAACUAGCGUCUAGAAAGCUGGACAUCACCUGGGAAGGAGUUAAGUUAGAACACACAACCCAUCCUAAAUAUUUAGGCGUUACCCUUGAUAGAUCACUCAAUUUUAAAGAACACUGUGUUGCCUUGAAACGGAAAAUAUGCACUAGAAACACUCUAUUGCGAAAAUUGGUUAGCUCAAAGUGGGGAGCUCAACCCGAAACAGUUAGAAUCUCGGCACUAGCUCUAUGUUUCUCGGUGGCUGAAUAUGCAUGCCCGGUGUGGGGAAGAUCAACACACACUAAACAAAUUGAUACUGCUUUAAAUGAAACGGUUCGCAUUAUAACAGGAUGCUUAAAGCCAACACCAGUAGACAAAUUAUACCUUCUAGCAGGAAUAGCUCCGCCACAUAUACGUAGACAAAUUGCAAGUGACAUAGAACGGACGAAACAGAUCACGGAUGAAAGGCACCCGAUGUAUAACACACAAGUGGAAGGAUUCCGACUAAAAUCAAGAAAGAGCUUUCUAAAAUGUACUAAGAAAUUAGAAGAUGACCCACAGACAUCAAGAUUAAAGUUAUGGGAGGUAGAGAGCAAGCAAAAAGUUGAAGAGAAGUUACCCCCGGGACAUAACAAUAAAUGGAUGGUCUGGAGAACACUAAAUCACCUACGUACAGGAGUCGGUCGUUCGAGGGAGAACCUAAAAAAAUGGGGAAUAAGCAACGAGAAUGAAGACAUGAGCUGUAUAUGCAGAGAAGUCCAGACAAUGUCGCACCUCCUAAACUGCAAUGAAUGUCCAAUCAAAUGUAACGUAACAGACUUACAAGACGCAAAUAGCAAGGCUAUAAAGUUGGCAGAAUUUUGGAGCGAUAAAAUUUAA